GGAAUGGGGAAUAGAAGUUCAAAUAAUCAGAAUUAAAAAAUUGGGCAUGAAAGUAGGUGUCCUAAUUGUGAUCGUAAAUUUGGAUCAUCUACUACUUAUUAAGUUUUAAAUUCUCAUAUAGAUUAAUGUCUAUAACACGUUUAAGUUUAAAAUAUUAUGGGAUUUCAGAUGCCCUAGACAAAAGUUCAAUUAGGAGAUAAUUAUAUUUGGAUUAAAUAAAAUGAUAAAUGGAAAAGAGUUUAAUCAUAAGUAAAUGGUGGAUAGAUAUAGGUAUAUAUAAAUUAUAUAAAAAUAGAAUUUAAAAUCAAUAGAUAUUCAAAAGAGAUCCUUUGCUGAAAAAUAAGUUUGGUUUAAUAUGUAACUAGAAAAAUUUAGGAUACCUUGGCAAUUGGGAUCAGAUAAAUUGAUUGUUAAUCAUAAUGAUUUGCUUUCAUCCUCACUUAAUUCAGCUAGAGGAGUUGAUUUUUAUAAAGAAGUCAAAGUAGUAUUUUAGAAUGACAAAGUUUAAGAUGCAGGUGGAUUAUUAAGAGAAUGGCUUACUUUAAUUUUCAAAGAAAUGUGCAAAGACAUAUUUGUUCUAACUGAAACAAAUGAUGUUUCUUAUAAAAUUGCUAAACAAAGUAUCUAUUUUGAUUUAGUUGGCUUGGCUAUAGCUAAAGCUUUAUUUGAAAGAAUGACUAUUUGUGUUGAAUUAGACAGACCUUUAAUUAAAAAACUGUUAGGAUAUCAAAUUACGCUCUCAGAUAUAUCAUUUUAUGAUAAAAGUUUAUAUCUCAGUUGGAAAUAUCUUUUAGAUAAUUAAUUUGAUGAGAACCUAUUGUAAUAAUACUUUAUCAUUUGUAAAGAUGAUGAAAUUAUUGAAUUAAAAUAAGAUGGAGCUAAUAUAUUAGUCAAUAACGAAAAUAAAUAGGAGUUUGUUGAUUUAUGGUAUUAAUCUAAUUAAAAUUUAGUAUUCAAUUUUACACUGAAAAACUAAUCUCCACUUAAUUAAAUUAAAUUUAAACUAAUUUAUACAAAUACAUCCCAUUAGAAUAUUUGAAUAUAUUUACUGCUGAAGAAUUUGAAAUGCUUCUCUAUGGAGUUUCAGUUGUUGAUUUAGAUGAAUGGAAAUAACAUUCCACAUAUAAAUAACCUUAUUCUGAAAAUAAUUAACAAAUAAUAUGGUUUUGGAAAAUCUUAUCUGAAUUUGAUUAAGAUUAGUUAAAGAAAUUCUUGCAUUACUGUACUGGAUCAUAUAGAAUACCAGUCAAGUAUUAAUUUAAUUAUAUUAAGUGGAUUCAGCAAAUUAGAAUCUAAUAGAGGAAUGUACUCUAAAUUUUAAAUCACUCCAAUUGAAUUUAAAAAUGCUAAUUCUUUUCCGAUUGCCCAUACUUGCUUUAACAGACUUGAAUUGCCAAAAUAUUCAACCGAAGAAAUAAUGAGGAAAUAUUUGAGAUCUAUUGUUUUAAAUGAUCUAGAAGGAGUUUUUGGAAUGGAAUGA